CCGGACGUCAAACUGACGCAGAGAGAGAGACCUUUAUAAAAAAAAAAAAAAGUUCUCGCAUUCGGCUCAGACUAACUUGCUUUUCCCUCCUCUUCUGCUUACCGGAAAAGGCUAUCUCGAACGAAUCUUCUUCUCUAGAUAUCCGACCUCGGCUCGUGCUAAUGGCUACCUUCGGUGCGGCGGCUAACGCGACCACUAACCCUAAUAAAUCGUAUGAGGUUAUUCCAUCACCCGCAGAUUCUAUUUCGAGCUUAAAUUUUAGUCCAAGAGCCGACAUACUUGUGGCCACUUCAUGGGACAAUCAGGUGAGCUGUUGGGAAAUAUCUCGCAGUGGAACCUCUCUAGCCAGUGCUCCAAAAGCGCAAAUAUCGCAUGAUCAGCCGGUCUUAUGUUCUGCUUGGAAAGAUGAUGGAACCGCAGUCUUUUCUGGAGGUUGUGAUAAGCAAGCAAAAAUGUGGCCCUUGUUGUCAGGUGGUCAAGCUGUAACUGUUGCUAUGCACGAUGCUCCUAUUAUAGACAUGGCCUGGAUCCCAGGAAUGAAUCUCCUCGUAACUGGAAGCUGGGAUAAAACAUUGAAGUAUUGGGACACAAGACAGCAGGCUCCGGCGCAUACCCAACAGCUUCCAGAUAAAUGCUAUGCAUUGUCUGUGAAAAAUACUCUGAUGGUUGUCGGGACUGCAGAUAGAAAUCUGAUAGUCUACAACUUGGGAAAUCCUCAGACCGAGUUCAAGAGAAUCCCAUCCCCACUCAAGUACCAGACGAGGUGUGUUACUGCCUUCCCUGAUCAGCAAGGUUUUUUGGUUGGUUCAAUUGAGGGGCGGGUAGGUGUCCAUCAUUUGGAAGAUUCUCUGCAGAGCAGAAACUUCACAUUCAAAUGCCACAGAGAUGGCAACGAUAUAUACUCUGUCAACUCUCUGAACUUCCACCCGGUACAUGGCACUUUUGCCACUGCUGGCUCCGAUGGUGCUUUCAAUUUCUGGGACAAGGAUAGUAAACAAAGACUCAAGGCCAUGGCAAGGUGCAGUCAGCCAAUUACAUGCAGUUCGUUUAAUCACGAUGGGUCGAUAUAUGCAUAUGCGUCGUGCUAUGACUGGAGCAAAGGUGCAGAGAAUCACAACCCGGCAACUGCGAAAAGCACCAUUUUCUUGCAUCUCCCACAGGAAGCCGAGGUUAAGGCGAAGCAAAGAGUAACAGCCGGCAGAAAAUGAAAAUGAAGAUUUGCCAAUUGCUUUAGUGAUGAUGUGUUUAGGGUCUUGUUUUUCCAUUUAGAGAGUCUUUUUCCCCCCUAGUAAAUCCUCCGUCUGUCUCGGAUGAUGUUUCUCCUAUCAUUUUCUCUACAACAUAAUGAAUUCGUUUUACAACAUUUUAAUAUAAAAUUUUGAUUUUACAACAAUAUUAUCAUGCACAUUUUGCAUAGGAAAAUACAAAACGUUUUCUCUUGUGAAAGAAGCGGAG